AUGUCGACGUUUGACGGGUACAUCACAGGUUUAGCUCAUCCCCACUCAGUUGACUACUUCCGCAAGAACCCAGAGCGCCCAGCACCCUUAGCGUGCUUCCUCAGUCAUGUCCAUAGCGAUCAUCUGCAGGGGCUGGAGUCCCUACGGGCCCCAUUCAUCUACUGCUCGCCCGCAACUCGAGAACUCCUCCUGCGUAUUGAGAAAUAUCCGCACCGCAUGAACUUUCAAAAGGGCAUUCUAGAAUCGCGCAGACUUCAUUACAAGCACCUGGCGAGGAUCCUGCGACCAAUACCAUUGAAUACGCCCACUAAGAUUGAACUCACCCCGAAGAAACAUGUCAGAGUCACAUUAAUUGACGCAAAUCACUGCGUGGGGGCCGUGAUGUUCUUGGUUGAAGGUGAUGGGAAAGCAAUACUCUACACUGGCGAUAUACGAGCGGAACAGUGGUGGGUGACCAGCCUGGUGCGGCAUCCAGUUCUGAUCCCAUAUACGCUCGGUACGAAGAAGCUCGAUAGACUUUAUUUAGACACUACGUUCGCCGGCGCGUCGAAUCCCCUACGGGAGUUUCCAUCUAAAGCGGAGGGACUAGCGGAGCUCUUGCAGAAGGUUGAAAGCUAUUCAAAGGAGACCAUCUUUUACUUCCGCGCAUGGACCUUCGGAUAUGAAGAUGUGUGGGUGGCCCUGGCCGCGGCAUUGGAUACCAAGGUCCAUGUGGAUCGGUACCAAAUGGGACUAUACAGGUCCCUGAUGAACUCGCAGGGAGGCAGAGAAAUCCCCGAGGCCGCAUCCUUAUGUGGAUUCCAGCUGGGUAACCAACUUGUCGCAGGUUGUCUUAGUGGAGAUGAAUCCAGUAGAGUCCAUAGUUGCGAACCUGGAGUCGCGUGUUCUGCUUCGCGAGGCUCAAAUACCGUCUACAUCACUCCCAUUGUCAAUCGGACACGCGCCGGGGAGGAAAUUCCCGAAGUCGGCCUUGGAGGAGGCGCCGGCGAUCUUUAUCAGGUCCAUGAGCUGGAGCUGCAAAACGAAACUGUCCUCGCAGAGCUGGAGAAGUUAUGCAGCCAGCAUAUUCACGAUCAGGAUCUCCUAUCGCAGGCACGGGCUGCACUCAUGGAUGCAUUUCGGUCAAGAAAAUCACUUUCGCUCGAUCAAUACGGGGUACGAGAAGAUAUCUCGCUCGAGAAGCUAGUGUCAAAGCUAAGCCACGGGCCCUCGACUACCGACAAAAUAUCAAACCCCUCAAAUCUCCCUCGCACAAUUCGCUUCCCAUACUCCCGGCAUUCCUCCUACUCCGAACUAUGUGGGCUGGUUGCCGCUUUUCGGCCAAAGGAUAUCCAUCCCUGCACCGUUGACCCGUCAUCGUGGAAUGAAGAGCUCUCCAUGCAACACCUCUUCGGUCACCUCUGUUCCGAAGAUACCUUCACUCAUGAUGACCAUAUGCGCGAGACCCUCCGAGCAGCACAAGGCGAAGACCACUCAAGCAAACGGGUGCGGCUGGAUGAGGACCAGUCGACCCAGUCCACCGAGUCCAGGGAGCUGGCCAUUGGCUCUUUAGCAUCCAUUGAAGCUAAUCCGGAGGAACCCCCUGCCAGUCCAGGCUCUUUGGCCAGGGCCAAAGCAAAACGUGACGAAAUUCGCCGAGCACACCGCUUCCUGCAUGACCAUGCUGAGCCAGGCUUAUUAACAAUCGAGCCUCUCCCCGUCUCGUGGACGCCGGACCGAGAGAUAGAAGAGCAAGGGCCUUUGGAUUCUAACCAGGCCUUCUCCACACAUCACGCCACCCAGGAGCAAGCUUCUAAAUUCUCCGGUGGCGGUGCAUUAAAUGCACCGCAUGGACAGCCAGCUCCAUCUAAUCGACAUGUUGAUGUGUCACUUGCACAUAUUGAUCUGACAGGGGAUUCCUUGCUUGAUGGCGGAAAUGAGAGCCACGUUGCUUCCCGUGAGCCAGGGACCGGGUCAAGGAGGGCUCGCAGACAGGUCGGGCGAGAACGAGUGAUGAAUCGUCUACGGCGGCAGAUCUCGGAUUAUUUGGCUGCAGACGAAGAUAUGCAGACUUCGGGGAAUAUGUCGCCUUACCUUCAAGAUGAAGAGGCUAGGAAGAGGCCAGAUGGAUGA